UCCUAGCUUAGCACCUAUCCAACCCCAGACAGCACUGCAGUGAGGUUUCUGCCACAUCCACCAUGCUGGCCUCUGGGCUGCUACUAGGGGCCCUGUUGUUUUGCCUCUCAACCUUGGUGGUGCUUUCUGUAUGGAGACAGAGAAAGGUCCGCAGCAACCUUCCUCCUGGACCGACCCCUCUCCCUUUCAUUGGCAACUACCUGCAGUUGAACACGGAAAAGAUGUAUGACUCUCUCAUGAAGAUUGGGCAAAAAUAUGGACCCGUGUUUACAGUGCAUCUGGGACAUAGGACCAUUGUGGUCCUGACUGGGUAUGAGGCCGUGAAGGAGGCACUGGUCGAUCAAGCAGAGGAGUUCUCUGGUCGGGGGGAGCAGGCCACCUUCGACUGGCUCUUUAAGGGAUUUGGUGUGGUCUUCAGCAACGGAGAGAGGGCCCGGCAGCUCCGGCGAUUUUCCAUCACCACCCUCAGGGACUUCGGCAUGGGCAAGAGGGGCAUCGAGGAGCGCAUCCAAGAAGAGGCCGGAUUCCUCAUUGAGGCCUUCCGAGGCACAAAAGGGGAAGCCAUCGAUCCCACCUUCUUCCUGAGCCGCACGGUCUCCAACGUCAUCAGCUCCAUUGUCUUUGGUGAUCGCUUUGAAUAUGAGGACAAACAAUUCCUGUCCCUGCUGCGUAUGAUGUUGGGGAGCUUCCAGUUCACAGCUACAUCCAUGGGACAGCUAUAUGAGAUGUUCUCUGGAGUGAUGAAGCAUCUGCCAGGACCCCAGCAGCAAGCAUUCAGGGACUUGAAAGGACUGGAGGCCUUCAUCACUGAGAAGGUCCGGCAGAACCAGGCCACCCUGGACCCUAACUCCCCCCGGAACUUCAUUGACUCCUUCCUGAUCAAGAUGCAGGAGGAAAAGAAAAAUCCCAACACUGAAUUCUUCAUGAGGAACCUGACCAUGACCACCCUAAACCUGUUUUUCGCUGGCACGGAGACUGUUAGCACAACCCUUCGCUAUGGCUUCCUUCUGCUAAUGAAGCAUCCAGAAGUGGAAGCCAAAAUCCAUGAGGAAAUCGAUCGGGUGAUUGGGAGGAACCGCUCGCCCAAGUUCGAGGACAAAGCCAAGAUGCCCUACACAGAGGCCGUCAUCCAUGAGAUCCAAAGGUUUGGAGAUAUGCUCCCCAUGGGUAUGGCCCGGAGAGUCGUAAAGGACACCAAAUUCCGGGGCUACCUUCUUCCCAAGGGUACAGAAGUUUUUCCCAUGCUGGGCUCAGUAUUAAGGGAUCACAAUUUCUUUGCCUGCCCUGAAGCCUUCAACCCCCAACAUUUCCUGGAUGAAAAAGGCCAGUUCAAGAAGAGUGAUGCCUUUGUCCCCUUCUCCAUUGGCAAACGCUACUGUUUUGGUGAAGGCUUGGCCAGAAUGGAGCUCUUCCUCUUCCUCACCACCAUCCUGCAGAACUUUCGCUUCCAGUGUCCAGUCCCAAACGAAGCCAUCGACAUCUCCCCCAAGGUGGUGGGCUUUGCCACCAUCCCCCGCACCUACACCAUCUCCUUCGUGCCUCGGGAAUGAGGCUGAGCCCAAGCAGCCACAGUACAAGCAGAAGGAGCCAGAGGGAUUCCUGGAUGGGGGGGCCAGAGGGUAUAUUAAUAAAGUCUGAGCCCCCCAGGCAGAUCUCUCUGCUACUUUGUGUAAUGGGCUGAGGCUUGAAUUGAUGCACUGAGGUCCCAAGCACAUGAGGCUAAGUAGUAAUUGGACCAUACUCUAUUAAUAUAUAUGCUUGGAGAAAGAAUGGCCCCUGCCCACUUUUUGUGCAAGUCCUGAUGUGUUGUAUAGGAAAUGACGAUUUUGGUGGGUGGAGGCAGGGGAGUAGAAAAGGAAGGGGAAGGAGAGACUGCUCGCAUUGCCAUUGCCAUUGCCACGGCUUUUCAGCUCAGGUCUCUCUCUGCUAGCUGGCUUCCUGUCGCAGCUGCCCGUAUUGCUAUCACAAUCUUUCUUGCCCAUAUUCCUAUCGCAAUCUUUUUUCACCUCUUCACUUCAAUAAAGAUUGAAGAUUUUUCCCUUAACCUGAA